AUGGUUAUCUACGUACUUCUACCCAUAGGGUCUGAGAAUCGAUGUGCAGUAACGCCUACGAAGUUAUAUAAAAUAUUAAAAAAGUGUGCCGGAUCAGUGAAUGGAUUUAUUCUGAAAAAUGACGUUGGUGGAUGUAAACCAUGUCCUGCUGUUCCAAAUUGUGCACCACUAUCAAGAAAAUAUUGUGUUGUAAAGAGGAGACCAUGUGGAUGUUGUGAUGAAUGUGCUGGAAGACAUAAGGAUCCUUGUGAUCGCUAUUCAGUUCCAUGUGACGACCAGUUUGAAUGUGUAAAUGAUAAAGGCUAUGGUUUAAAACAUAUUGAAAAUGAUUUAGAUUUUCACGGUGUUUGCAGGUUCAGAGCAAGAAAGGGCCAGUUUCCAUAUAUAUCUCGAAGAUCCAGGCCAUAUAUUAUUAAAGGAUAA